AUGGAGGAAUUUGGUGAGGAUAUAAGGUUUUGGUAUGUAGUUCCAAGUAUUGCAAAUACAUAUGAAAUUAGGAAUAGCUUUCAAAGUUAUGGAGUUAACUUGCCUACAGUAAGGAGAAUGUCAGGAAGACCCAAUGUUAAAAGAAGGAGACAUGACUACGAACAUGAGGAUAAGUACCACCAGGUGUCUUACAAGGGAAGAACUGUACAUUGCAAGAAUGGUCUUCAAAGGGGACAUAAUAAAACAGCUUGCAAAAAUCUAAAGAAGAGAAUAGGUGAUAGAGGAGGAAAUAGAGGUGGGGGUAGUGGAUCUGGUGGAAGAAGCAAUAGAGUUGGCGACAGGGGAUCUGGUGGAAGAGGCAAAAUAGGUGGUGUAUGGGAUGUGGUGGAAGAGCUUUUGGAUUUCCUAGUCAUAACUAUAGAAACAGUCUCUGAAAGUCAACCAUCUGGAGCUAAAGUGAUGGAUCAAGAGGGUAUGGGUGAGGAGGACAUAGAUCAACAUGAUAUGGGUGAGGAUGACAUGGAUCAACAUGAUAUGGGUCUAGAGGUGAUGGAUCAUGAGGGCAUGGAUCAAGAGGACAUGAACAAUGACGGAAUCAAUGCAGAUGGAAGGGGUAUACAUGGUAUGGCUCAGGAGGGAAUCAAUAAAUAUGACAUGGGUAUAGAGGGGAUGGAUCAAGAGGCCUUGGGUGUGGAGGAUAUGCAUCAAGAGGAUAAUAGAAGGAGGAUGCCAAAAAUGAGAAUACGGAAGCCUUCUGAGAGGAUAACAGAAAUACAGUUGAAGAAAGUCGUGAUUGUCAAAAAUCGGAAGGGGGUGAGUUCAUCCAACCCACUUAGCUUAGAUUAG